GCUUUUCUUUGUUUUAGUCUAAUUCAAGUUAAAGCAAUAAGCGAAUUGGGUAAAACUGUAUUUUUAGAACAAAAGAUCUACGUAUAUAUUCUAACAAUUGUGAAGAUUUACGAAAUAACCUCAAAAUCACACACUAUGACUCCCGAUUUUAGAGAAAAGCUAAAAGAUAUUGGUAAAAUAUGCAUUCCUGGCAUGCGUUUGAGUGAAUCAAACAAGGAUUUCGUCUCUGGACCAGGAACGUAUGAGUUGAAAGGUUAUAUUUAUGCUUCUUUGGCUGGUGUCUUGAAGAUGGAAGAAGAUGAAGAUUCCAAGGCAACAAUAAUAUCAGUUGAUGGACUAAGGACACCCAGCAUUCUGCCAAAGACAGGAGACAUAGUCACAGCCAAAGUAAUGACAGUAAAUCCACGCCAAGUGACCUGCAACAUCCUCUGUGUUGGCCCAUCAGUGCUUGCCAGACCUUAUAAGGGUAUUCUAAAGAAGGAGGAUAUUAAACCGACAGAUAGAGACAGGAUAGAUCCUUAUAAAUGCUUUCGACCUGGUGAUAUUAUUCUGGCUAGAGUUCUACCAAUGACAGAAAUUCACUGGUACCACAUAUCAACAGCAGAAAAUGAACUAGGAGUUGUAAUAGCUACUGCUGAAGGUUCGCCCCAAGGAGUCACCAUGGUACCAAUAAACUGGUCAGAAAUGCAAUGCCCCAAGAGCCUCGUAAAGGAACCCAGAAAGGUUGCCAGAGUUAUACCAGAAAAUAUUAAUCAGGAUAUUUUCCCUGCAGUUGAUAACAAAGAUAAAAAGAAAUAGUGUUCGUUAGGAAAUAAAUGGUA